AUGAGCAUGGUGUCGGAAGAGGAAGCGCUGGCGGCGCAGUACGCACGGCGGCAGGAUUUGUUAAAGCAGUUGAAUGAGGUGAACGGCGUCAUCCGGAGCCUGGAGCAAAAGUUGAUGGAGAGCGCUACGCCGGGUGUGGAUAGGAUGCCCAUAGCGGACUCUGCCGGCUGCGACAGCGACGCGGAGCAUAUGAACUCUAUUCUUGACCGCUGCUUGCAGGAUUCCAAUGGCUUGCGAGACGCAAUGAAGUUUGUCGACGCCUGCAAAGCCGUGAGGGAAGCUGCCGUGCAAAGCGAGAGUAAGAAGGAAAAACACUCCUUCUGUAACCGGUUUGUGCAUAAAAUCAUCGCUAGAUCACCUGUACUUGCGCUUGAUUCAAAUGGCAGUGAACUCCUUCAAAAUGCACUAGGACUGCUGAAAAGUGGAGGCUCUGUGGCUCCCACGCUUCACUCCACAGACUACAUUGCAGCCGCUGACCGUGACCUCUCGGAGAUGCUGCUGCUUCUCACCGAGCUGCAAGCACACAUACCUGAGAUAUGCUAUGACACAAACGGCACCCGCGUUGUACAGAAGAUUUUUGAUUACGUCAAGAGUGUUGAAGAGUUGGAAUUAUGUGCCAAGUGUUUUGCUGAUUCCAUUAUACCACUUUGCAAAGACAUUAAUGGGAGCCAUGCUAUUGCCCGUCUUUUGGCUGCGGCACGUCAGGUCAAUUUUUGUGACGAAAAUGGAAAAAUAGAUGCUGGCACUGAAGCGAGGCUAUCAGGGAUUCACGAGACGCUUUAUAAGAACUUCGCAGAAAACUGUGUCGAUGUUUGCCGAAAUCGUCAGGGGUGUUGCAUCAUUCAAAAAUGUCUUCAAUGGACGCCAGAGCCCUAUUUUUCGGCGAUCAUCGACACGGUUCUUCAGAAUACGCUUAAACUUGUGAAUGAUCCCUUUGGUAAUUAUGUGGUGCAGUUUAUCUUGGACAACGAGAGGGAGCUCUCGCAACGCUGCAGUGCGGGUCAAGAGGCAACGAACUACACGAACCGAACCAUAAGGCAGAUGCUGCAUAACGUGGCAUCACUUUCCUGCGACAAAUUCAGCAGUAACGUCAUUGAGAAGUGCUUGAGGACUGUUUCUCCAGACGUGAGGCAGCUCUUAGUUGAUGAACUGACCGACCCCCAGGUACUGCCCAAGCUUCUGACCGACAGCUAUGCAAACUACGUUAUUCAAACGGCCAUUGUGACCUCCUCCGUGGAAAGCCAGUUUGCACAGCUGCGGGACUCUAUUAUGCCGCUUCAAAACCUACUGCGAAAUUCCCCGUACGGUGUAAAGGUUGAGGCCAAGUUGGCACGUCGACAGCGCGCUGCACUUCGAAAACCAGAACACCAAAAAGAGCAGGGCCGACGAAGCGCAGCUCCUUCCCAUUUUCCUGAACAAGGCGGUGCUGAGACUUUGUUGACCACACAACUUAUCUCUGGCGUGCCCACAAUUCCGACUUUGAUGGGCUCAGAGCCUUUGCAACAGAAUACGGUUGCCUUUUCGGGAAUUUCUGAGGAGCUGACCUCUGUGAUGACGCAACCACAAUAUAUGCAGCUGAUGUUUCAAGGACAACAGGCCCUUAUUGGUUUGCAGCAAGGCCAUUCUCAACAACCCUUUCAAGUGAACAUGAUGAAGGAGCCUGCCAUGUGGGGGCCUCAGCAGAGCUUUACUCUAUUCCAGCAACCCAACCAGAGAAAAACGGAUAGAUAA